ACCUCUAAUCAUCACGCCACAAACCUAUCAAUUCCCUUAAAAAAGAGAAACACAAAAACAAUCCAACCAAAAUCAGCUGGUUCGUACAAAUCAGCGGUGGCUGUUGAUGGUGAUAACGCGGCGGCCGGACUCACAAUGGAAGACGGUAGCGCAACGGAACGCAGAGUGAUGGUUGUGGCCGACGGCAGCCGCGAGUCCGCCACAGCGCUGCAGUAUGCCCUCUCGCACGCGCUCAUGGACAACGACAGUUUGAUCCUCCUCCACGUCGCUCCGCCGAGAAACGCCUUCGGCGGCUUCUUCAAGAACCCGAUAUCGCCUGGCUCCGCCCGUUUCGGCGGCAGCCCCACCUCUUCCGGUGAGGGCAGCGUCGGCCGCAAUCGCAGCAGAGGCGGAAACGGAAGCGGAGGAGAGGCUGAUUUUCUUGAUGGGAUGAAGCGCGCUUGCGCGGCUGCCAAGCCCACGCUGAAGGUGGCGGUGGAGAAGGCGGAGGUGGUCGAAGGAAAGGAUAAGGCCGCCGUGAUUGUUUCCCACAGCGCCGCUAGCAACGUCGAACUUCUCAUUAUAGGCCGCAAGAGGAACGCUCUUUCCAAAUCAAUUUUAGCGGCGAGAAGAGGUUUAUCGUUCAAUGGAUUGAUGGAGACGGCAGAGUAUGCGAUUGAGAAUAGCAAAUGCACAUGUGUCUCGGUACAAAGGAAGACUAAUGGAGGAUAUCUUCUCAAUAGUAAAACACAUAAAAAUUUCUGGCUAUUGGCAUAAAAUACUCUUCUUCCAUUUCAAUUAUUUGUAAUAUACCUCUUCUAUUAACAGUCCAUUUGAUUUUGCAUAAUUUAAUUUGUAUUAUAUAUACAUACUCAUGUAUUUUCCGAAUCCAUGGUUGUUACAAAUAUUUAA